GCGUGGUUCAUGUUCACUCUCGCAAUUACGCGGCACUGACAUCCACAUAUUGAGAGCAUCUGGGAUGGAAAGACGGGCUGCCGGCGCGCUGUUGGACUAGCUCGGGCACAGUCGCAAGAUGUCUGUUGCGCUAGAAGAAGGGAACACUUUGGAAGAGAGGUCGCGAUGCGUUCGGUUAUUAUCAAUUUUAUUUCCUCUAGCCUCCCUAAUGGUGUUACUCGUUGGAUACGCCGCCUUAGGGGCUCUGUUAUUCCGGUACAUCGAAGGUCCUGACGGUAGGCCCGUGGAACUACAAAAGGACUACAAAGACUUUUUGCUCACUCUCGUGAAGACAGUUCGCAAUUCAAGCGAGAAUGACAGUUCACCCGAGCAAGAAGAAUUCGUGAUGAAACUCCAUGGCAAGAUGAAAACUUUUAACACGACAUGGCUUCAGAGUCCAGAACAAUGGAGCUUCUUUGGCGCAAUGUUUUUCUGUUGUACAGUAUUUACAACAGUAGGAUACGGAAACAUAUACCCCGUGACCGUCGCUGGGAAGCUGGUGUGCGUCCUCUACGCCAUGGUGGGGAUCCCCCUCAUGCUGCUGGUCAUCACCGACGUGGGGGACAUCCUGGCCAUCCUGGUGUCCAAGGCCUACCUCCGCCUGCACAGGCUCUGCUGCUCCCUGCCCUCCUUCUGCUCCUGGUUCUCCUGCCGAAAGCAGGAGAAGCCCGAGGAGGGGGGGCUGAUACGGGACACUUCCGGGCAGGACGGGGUGGUGGUCCGGGCGCCCAUGGACAUCAGGCAGGUGCUGCGCAGCCAGGCUUCGGUCAAGACGUAUUCCGUCAAGCUGCGCAACGCCGAGAUCUUCGAUCGCAUCGUCGCCCGGGGCAACCUGGCCAGGGAGAGCCUCCAGAAGCACAGGGGCUUGUACCGGAGCUACUCCUGCCCCAACCUCAACCAGGCGCCGCCCCAGAGGGGCCUGUGGGACCUGUGCACCGGGGAGGAGGUGGAGAAGCUGGACGUGCCCCUCAUGCUCAUCCUGGUGCUGUUCUUCGCCUACCUCCUCUUCGGCGGGCUGGUGCUCCCCCGCUGGGAGGAGGAGAUCAACAUCUUCGACGCCUUCUACUUCUGCUUCGUCACGCUCACCACCAUCGGCUUCGGCGACAUCGUGCCCCAGCAUCCCAAGUUCUUCAUGCUCACCUUCCUCUUCAUCAUCGCUGGCAUGGCCAUCCUCUCCAUGGCCUUCAAGCUGGGCCAGUCCCGCUUCGUCAGCUUCUACCGCCUCUGCAUCCGCGGCCUCAGCGGGGGCACGGUGCAGAAGUACAAGUAGCCGGAGGGUCAGCCGAGGGCCCCUAGAGGCCCCUAGAGGCCCUGCAGACAGGAGGCCGUCAGCCUCUCUCUCGGUGGCGCUCCCAUGACAACGGAGAUGCCCCGGAACUCACUUUCCCCCCCCACUGACAGAAACUUGCUGAGCCGAGCCUAGAUCAGCUACACUGGGGCAUUGGCUGGGUUUGCGUGCACUAUAACGCCUGGCCUCUUGCAUUUAACGCACAUUUGAAUGGAUGGGAGAUGCACACUGCUGUAAAAAAAAAAAAAGUCUAUGUAGUGUUAUUGCUAGUGCUAAUAUAUGUGCUGCAGUUACAACCAGUGUUCUCUGUAAUAAAUUUAAAAUAGCAUGGGUAGCAAUGGCUAAAGACAUAACCCACAAAUUGUUAAGAAGGAUAAAAAAUGAACAUUGAGAAGUUUUUUACAUGGAUGACUUGAGCAUGUGUAUAAUCAUUUUGUUGGCUCAACUGAUAGCUACACUUAAUGGAACAUUUGAAAAGCUCCAGCUUAAUUUCCACCUUCCUGAGAUCACUGUAGCCGUCUAAACCACACAGUUCCCCAACCCUUCCCACUCCUGAGAGUUCCUGUAGUACACAGUUCCCUACCCCCUCCCACUCCUGAGCGUUCCUGAGGUUUAUGUUCUGCUUGACCUCGUAAUAAUCUGAUAACAUCCAUCACUUUAUGUGAAUGAAACCAGAUGAGUAGGUGCUCCCGGCAUUCAGGAAACAGUUUAUUCUUUUUGCGAUUAUUUAUACGCAGAUGACAGCAUCCAGACCAGCCUGCGAUUUAUACGGCUCUGGCUUAUACGGUCAGACAUUUAUGGACAUCAUUCCACUUGUGCGAGGGGCAAACUCCCACCACAGACUCAUACCUAAAACCGUACAGUCUGUGUAUUACCCAGAAAUCACAGCUUCACGUUACCACGACAAACAGAAUUUACCAGGCUGCGGAACUCCAACAGAGUCAGAGCCAGCCUGCUGUUCGAUUCGCAGAUUACCCACUGCAUGCUAGCAUUCGCGAGUGAAGUUUAAUGGUCUCUCAGUAAUUUAAAACUGUGACCGCUUGCAUUUGCAUUAGCAUUAGCAGAUUUGAGUACACACACACACACACACACAC